UGGGAGGGAGGGAUAAGAAAAGGGGAGAGGUGUGAGGCAGGAGAGCAGAAAGACAGGAGCUUUUUUGAAAGUCAUCAGACAGAUUCAGAGGAGGAGAGGGUGCUGCUGCAGCCAAGCUUCUGACUUCUGAGGAGUUUGAGCUCAGACAUGACUGAGAUGCAGCAUCCUGGUUUCUGAGCAUCUCCAGUUUGUGUGUGCGUGUGUGUGUUUUAAUGCGAGCGUGGAACCAUGGCGAGUGCUCAGCCGGGGGUCCAUGCUUUGAAACUCCAGCCUCCCUCCGUCUCACACACCCUGAGGAACGGAAGCAACUUCAUUAAAUGGGACGAGGAUUUGUCAACUGUCAGUCCAGUCACUCUGUUUGUGGACCCACAUGGAUUUUAUCUCUACUGGACCGACCAAAACAAGGACACAGAACUGUUGGACCUAACGUAUGUAAAAGAUGUCAGAACCGGCAGAAGCACCAAAACAGCCAAGGAGGCCAAGCUUCGGGAGCUGCUCGACGUCGGAAACCUUGUGGGUCGCUUGGAGAACCGCAUGGUUACCGUGAUUACAGCAUCAGACCUCGUAAAUGUCACCCAACUCAUUUUUAUUGCCUCUCAAGAGGACGAGGCCAAGCUGUGGUGUGAGGAGCUGUUUUCUGUGUCUUCCAACCUGCUGGGCCACAAUCUCAACAGAGACCAUAGUUUGCAGAAAGCGUACGUCAGGCUGACUCUUCAACCAAAUGCAGAGGGAAGAAUCCCCGUCAAAAACAUUGUUCGACAGUUUUCAUCCGACAGAAAGAAAGUGGAGAAUGCCCUGGAGAGCUGCAAACUGCCGUAUGGACGGGGUGAUGGCAUCAAACUGGAGGACUUCACUCUUGACGUAUACCGGAACUUCCUGGACAGUCUGUGUCCUCGUCCUGAGCUUAGCAGCAUCUUCAAACUGCAGGGAGGCGACGGCGGGACAAUGUCAGUGGAUCAAAUGACAGAGUUCAUCAAUAACAAGCAGAGAGACCCAAGACUUAAUGAAAUCCUCUACCCUCCCCUUCGCCCUGCGCAGACGCUCAGCGUGAUGGAGAGGUACCAGCAGGACCCAUCACAACUGAAGCAAGGCUUCAUUUCUUUCCAGGCUUUUUCCAGUUAUCUGUCCAGUGACGAGAAUGGAGUCAUUCCACCUGAGAAACUGGAUCAGUCUGAAGACAUGAACUUCCCUCUGUCCCACUACUUUAUUAACUCUUCACAUAACACGUACCUCACAGCUGGCCAGCUGGCAGGCAGCUCCUCGGUGGAGAUGUACAGGCAGGUUUUGCUGGCGGGGUGUCGUUGUGUGGAAUUAGACGUGUGGAAAGGACGAACCGCUGAGGAGGAACCGGUCAUAACCCACGGAUUCACCAUGACGUCAGAAAUCUCUUUUAAGGAGGUGAUUGAAGCCAUUGCAGAAUGCGCCUUUAAGACUUCCCCUUUCCCUGUCAUCCUCUCGUUUGAAAACCACGUAGACUCUUUGAAGCAGCAAGCUAAAAUGGCUGAAUACUGUCGAACUAUAUUUGGAGACGCACUUCUAAUUGAUCCUCUGGACAAAUAUCCUCUGGAGGCUGGCGUCCCCCUGCCCAGUCCUCAGGAGCUGAUGGGCAAAAUUCUCAUCAAGAACAAGAAAUCUCACAAACCCUCCAACAACACAGACACCAAGAGACUAAUUGACCAACCUGCCAAUCAGAGCAACGAACCGGCGUCUCCUAGCAACAACACGGGAGAGAUGGAGGCUGAGAGUGAGGAAGAUGAUGAUGAUGAAGAUGAUGAUGGUAAAAAGGGCUCUGCAGAGCGGGAGGCAGUGGCUACAGAGGAAAUGUCAACUCUGGUAAACUACGUCCAGCCAACCAAGUUCAACUCCUUCGAAGCGUCAAAAAAGGCAGCCCGCUGUUACCACAUGUCGUCUUUUGUGGAGACCAAAGCUUUGGAGCACCUCACAAAGUCACCAGUGGAGUUUGUCGAAUAUAACAAAUCCCAGCUGAGUCGCAUUUACCCAAAGGGAACCAGAGUGGACUCAUCAAAUUUUAUGCCUCAACUCUUCUGGAAUGCUGGAUGUCAACUGGUGGCUCUCAAUUACCAAACUAUUGAUUUAUCCAUGCAGCUGAACCUCUUCAUGUUCGAGUACAACGGUCAGAGUGGCUACAGGCUGAAACCAGAGUUCAUGAGGCGUCCAGACAAACACUUUGAUCCUUUCACAGAAAACACAGUGGACGGCAUCGUAGCUAACACUCUGUCUGUGAAGGUGAUUUCUGGCCAGUUUCUAACUGAACGGAAGGUGGGGGUGUAUGUGGAGGUGGAGAUGUUUGGACUUCCUGCAGACACCAGGAGGAAGGCUCUGAAAACCAAAACCUCCCAAAACAACAACGCCAUCAACCCAGUGUGGGACGAAGAGCCCAUCGUCUUCAAGAAGGUAAUUCUUCCCACUCUGGCCUGUCUGAGAAUUGCUGCAUUUGAGGAAGGAGGGAAGUUUAUAGGCCAUCGAAUUAUCCCCGUGUCUGCCAUCAGACCAGGUUAUCGUUACAUCGGUUUGAGGAACGAGAAAAAUCAGUGUCUAAUUUUGCCGGCGGUUUUUGUCUACAUUGAAGUCAAAGACUACGUCCCAGAUACCUUUGCAGAUGUGAUUGAAGCUCUGUCCAACCCGAUCCGAUAUGUGAACUUGCUGGAGCAGAGAUCCAAACAGCUGGCAGCUCUGACUCUGGACGACGUGGAGGAGGAGACGCAGACGGAGGAUGAGACUGAAAACGGAGCAGAGAGGAAAAACGAUCUCAAACAAGUUCCCCUGGAAAACGGACUCAGUCCCACAUCUGGUCCAGCAGGCCACACCCCCGUUGCCACAACACCCAAAGCCUCUGCAGCCAAUCAGCAAGCAGCAGCAACAGAUGUUUCCAAACCAGCAGCGAAGACUGAAGAUCUGGUUUUGAGCGUUUUGAUUGAUAUUCCAGCAUGCACCUUGGAGAGCCUGCAGCAGUCCAAGGUUUACCAGAAGGAGCAGAGACGCCAGUUUAAAGAGCUGAAGGAGCUGGUGAGGAGGCACCAGAAGAAAACCUCUGAGCUUCUCCGAGAGUUCAGCAACAAGUACAAGAAGGCAGCGAGGCAGUGCAGCAAGAGCAGGGGGUUGUGUUCUGAAAGUGAGAAAGACGAGCGUCUUCAGCAGCUGAAAGAUGAGCAGCAGCAGCAGCUUCUGACCCUGAGGCAGGAACAGUACUACAGUCAGAAGUAUCUACAGAGAGAACACAUUAAAACGCUGACUGAGAGACUGACUACUCUGGCUGAGGAGAGUCACAACGCUCAGAUGAAGAAACUCAAAGACAUCUGUGACAAAGAGAAAAAGGAGCUGAAGAGGCUAAUGGAUCGAAGAAGAACUGAGAAGAUCAACCAGGCAAAGACUAAAGAGAAACAUCUGGCUGAAGAAGAGAAGAAUGAGAUCAACAAAUCCUACGUCAAUGAAGUGGUUCAGAACAUUAAACGGCUGGAGGAGACUCAGACGAAACGCCACGAUCAGCUGGCAGAGCAGCACAACGAGCUCCUGCAGGAGAUACAGGACCAGAAACCAAAGCUGCAGGCGGCUGUGGAGGCCGAGUUUCAGGAGAAGUUCCAGCGUUUGCCCGGAGAGAUCCGAGACUUCCUGCAGGACAGGAAGAUGGAGGGUAGAUCCAACAGCAAGUCCAGACCAUCGACUCCACAUGAAACUCUGUCAGAAGAAGACUAAGCAGGAAACAGACGAGGAAAUAAUCCAGAGUAUGAAGACUGUUAGAUUUUUAAUGGGAAACAAUGACGUUUUUAUUUUGUGUGAUUUAAGCAUGAACUUUGUUACAGUUACUCACACAUCAUUUAGUCUUUUGUUCUACCAUCAGAGAGCUGUUUUUACUGCAUGACAUCUAUCUAUCUACCAUAAAACAAUAAAUUUGUUAAUAAUUAUUAGUGAGUUUUCAUUUCUGAUCGGUUUUUUUUUCUCUGACAGUAAGACACAUUUUGACAGCUGUUGGGUAAAAUGCUUUUUGUUUAUGUCAGUUGUUUUACUUGAAUCCGGUCACCUAAAUCAAACCCUUUUCUGCCUUGUUCCACUUGGUUGAAGUAACUUUUAGUUCAUCAUAAAAUCAGACCCUUGGAAAUUUUUUUGUUUUUAAACAUGAGACGUGGAGUUUUCUGGUGAGCUGUUGAACGUGACUGUUAAUUUAAGCCAUUUAUUGACGUCUGUGAUGUCUGAGGACAAACAAUGAGCUGCUAAAGACUAAAGUAGAAGUUUUGUCCCAUUUUUGUUGCCAUAGCUUCCCUGAAGCAGUGAUCUUCUCAGAACUGCCCUGAUGGAAGUUUAAAGUGAAGAAGCCUCAAAUGUUUGCUGCCACCGCAUGACCUGUUUUAAUGUGAAAUUUAUUCAUAAUCAGCUUUUUGACGAUGGAUUGAUUUAUUCAGUAUUAUUUCAUGAUAAUUAAACAAACUUCUGAGACAGUUUACCAGUUUCUUUGUAAAAAUGUAAGAUUUCUACAUCUUGAUCUUUGUACUGUGAUGAUCCUGAACUGAAUCUGCUGCAACAUUUUCCAUGUUUUUUUGUCUGAGUUUAUAAAUCUAAAGCCUUGCUGCGUAACACAACCACUUUUCUCUGUGAAUCAUUUCUGAAGGUUUGAGCCACCGAUAAACGCGUUUGAGUUUGUAAGUUAAGAUUCAUCCCGAAAUCUUGUUGAACGCAGCUCUGCUUUAGCAAUGAUACUGAGCAUGCUUUGUUGUCCUUAAUUCCUCCACCAGUUGAACUAUUUCUUGGGUUUUAUUGGAUGCUGUUUGAAGACAAUUGCAAAAGAUUAAAUUAUUUGAAUAAAAAAAUGGUCCUUUUUUAUUUAUUAGCUUUCAGCGUUCACAGAGAUGAACUGUUGAGUUCGUUCUGCCCUCAAGGGUUCAAGAAUCUCAUAUUACAUUCAUGUGCUGCCAAAUCAAACAGGCCUAUUUGGAAAAAAGCACAAGAUGGUGAAAUUAAUAUUUCUGCAGGGAGCAAAAGAAUGAUUACAAAUAACAAUAAAUGCAGACUGUUUUAAAAUGGACAUUUAAUAAGUAAAUUUGGCAUAAUUGAUUGGACAAACACCCACAUGACUCAUUCAAAGUGUGGUUAUUAUUAUAGAUUAACAGUCUGGACACUUUCAAAAAACAGCUAAAGACCCUCUGGGGGCAGGCGUUGCAGAUUUGCAACAUUAAAACCUACCUACCUGGUUACUCCACAUACGUAUUUCAUGAGCAUGUUUUAACUCAGAAGUACCCCUGAAGGACUUAGUUGUUCAUCCUUUUAUCAAAACUUAUUUUGAGCCUGAGAGAGUUA